AUGUCUUGGGGUCAUGCAACGAGCCAAGAUGGUUUGCGUUGGACACAUGCUUCCUCAGGCGAGCCCGCACUCAAACCGAGUGAGCCCUACGACAAGGAGGGCAUCUUCACUGGUUGCUUCUGGCCCACCGGACCUCACGGCGAGAAAGACCAACUCACCGUCGUCUACUCGUCCAUUGCCGCCCUGCCCAUCCACUGGACCUUGAAGCAUAUACGCAACUCCGAGGGCGUAUCGCUUGCUACUUCCACUGAUGCUGGCAAGACGUGGCAGAAGAGCGAGCUCAACCCCAUCCUUGUGGGCGAGCCCGAGGGCGUCGAAGUUACCGGCUUCCGCGACCCGUUCCUCGCCGAGUGGCCUGCGCUCGACCGCAUUCGCGGCGAGAAGAGCCUCUACGGCUUCUUGUCCGGCGGCGUCGUCGACAAGGGCCCCACGGUGUUCUUGUACGCCAUCCAACCUGACAACCUUACGGAGUGGAAAUAUCUCGGUCCCCUCGUUGACCUAGCGCCUGGCUUCCGCGCGCCCGGUUCCUGGACGAGCGAUUUCGGCGUCAACUGGGAAUGUGUCAACUUUAUCAGCCUGAAAGAUGGUGCCCACGAGCAAGAUUUUCUUCUCAUGGGUACCGAAGGAGGCGUCAAGCCCAGGUAUAAGGAGGGCGACGAAGAGCCCCUUGGCCAGUGGUCAUCGUGGUUCUCCGGUUCGGUAGAGCAGACUGCGGCCGGCCCACGUCUGCGGCACGAGUUUGACGGUGUUCUGGAUCACGGCAGCCUGUACGCGCCCAACUCUUAUGUUCAUCCUGAGACGCAAAAGAGGAUCACGAUAGGCUGGGUUCGAGAGGAUGGCCUGCCAAUGAGCCGUUGCAAAGCGAGGGGCUGGACGGGUUUCUUGUCCCUGCCACGGGAACUGUUCCUCUCCACGACACACAAUGUGACCAGGGGGCCUGAAAUCACCAAUCGAGGACAUUCGUUCUUUCAAGAUUAUGGAGAGCGGCUCGGGUGGAAAGACUGUGCAAACGCUGGGAAUCAAGCCCAUGGACGACCUCCGAACACUGCGCCCCUCCCGUCCGGCAGAGUGUCGACCCAGGCAGAGGCGCGUCGGUUUCACAUCUGGCAAAGUCCCGACGGCGUGCAGAGGACGACUGUGUACUUCAUCCCCCAGGCCGAGCAGAUUGUCGUUGACAAGAGUCUCUCCAAUACCGAGGCGGAUGUCGACAAGUCGCUUCUCGAUGCGCCCUUUACACUUCUCUACUCGCUUGAAAAUGAGACGGAGAAGCUGGAGAAGCUUCGCUUGCGCAUCUUCCGUGACGGAGAUGUGCUUGAGGUCUUUGCCAACGAUCGCUUUGCAUUGACCACAACAGUGUACUGCGACGAUUCGUGUGCAGGCAUCAGCUGGUUCCUCGAUGACGAGGGGUCACACAGCGUGUUUGAUUCGGUUCAGCUGUGGGAGGAUAUGGCCGGCACGCAGGGACAGGUGCUUGAUAUUGGACAGCCUCAUCUGUAA